AUGGGCGGCGGCUCGGCCGCAGGACCUCGGCCUCGGGGUAAAUCCCCUCCUCCCCCUUCUCCGCCGGAGCCCUGCCCUCCCCCUUCAGCAAGCCGCCCCGGUGUGAGCGCCCCUCUUUCGACUGAAGACACCUGCGCUUCCUUCCCCACCCUUCUCCGCCCCUUUCGCUGCGGUUUCUCGCCGCCUUUGGGAGCUCGGGAGCGCCUGCUGGAGGAGGAGCAGCGGGGAGGAGGCGGAGGGCGAGGACUGCCGGCUCGGGCGCGCCGGGGGCCGGGCGGCGGCCGUGACAGCGCCAGCCGCGGGGAGCGGGGCGCCGGCACCGCUUGGCACCGCGGCUCCGAGACCCAGGAAGGGAAGAUCCCAGCCGCCCUGACUGUUGCUCUUUUGGGCGGAUCGGGAGGGAGCAGGCUGCCCAAGGAGCUGUCACCGAGGACACCGGAGGCUCUCCCCUUGGCUCUCAGAGUCCGGAGCCGCGCCAGUGCCCGCGUGGGGCAAGGAGGAUGCGCACCUCCUCCCGCAGAGCGGCUGCGGGCCCGGGCACUGCGUGGACUCGGGCUCCGGCGGCUGCCCGUGCCGUGCCUGCGCCGCGGGAGCGCGCCCUGCCGCACCUGGCCCCAGCCUCCCGGCGAAGUGCAGGAAACGCGCCCUAAACUCCACUACUUCUCGCCCGCUUCCUCCCCCUUCCGGCUCCCGCCCGGGACCCAGCAGCCGCCGCCGCUGCCCGCGUGUGGGGCCCGCCCGCCUCUUACUCUCACGCGCGCACGCACAGCGCGGUCGCUCGCUCCCAUUCACGCCGACUCGCUCUCCGCGGAGCCGGAGCCCGGGCUUCCGAAACUACUGGACCAACUGCCGCGGAGACUGAGGGAGCGACCGGUGGCCCGGCGCGACCCGUGGCCGGCGCCCGCGCCCUGGGCUCCCGCCCCCGCCCCCGCCGCCGCGCCCGGGACGAAGGUGAGCAGGGCGAGCUGCCCGCCUCGCGCCGGGGAGGGGCUCGGGCGCAGCGGGCUGAAAGCUCGUAGAUUUCGGGAGGAAUUGACUCGGGAGGGGAGUCGCCCAAGGGCGACGUCCGUGCGGUGCCAGCCGAAACCACUUUGGGGGCGCGGUUCUCCUGGGUGCUGCCGGGGGUAG